AUGCAAACUGCAAAUCUAAACCUUUUUUAUCCACCAAUUUCUAAAGAAAUAAUGGAUUUAAAAUUAAAAGUCGAUAUUGAUACGCUCGAUACAAGUUCAAGAAAUAACAAUAUAUCAAAUCAACCCGAAAUAAUCGUGCUAUCCGAUUCAGACAAUGAGCCAGUGCUAGAAUCAACUUCGAAUUCAUUUAUCCGAUAUUAUGAAGAUUUACAAAUUUCUAGCAGCUCUGAAAGUGAAUAUGGUAGUGAUAAUAGCUUAAAUGAUUGUGUAUCUAUGGAUAAUUUAAACGAUAAUAAUAUAAUUGGAAAUAGUUUGAAAGAUGAAGACAUCUAUGAGGAUUUAAACGAUAAUGAUAUACUGAAAACCGAAUAUCUGAAGAUUUCUUUAAUGGGCAUAACAAGUGUUUAUAAUGUUUUAGGUUGGAAUCAUGAUAAUGCUAAAAAAAAUGUUUAG